AAAUUGAUUCCAGAAUCGUCACUUGGAUUUAGGUUAGUUUAUUUCUUAUUUUCUUGAUAUUAUUCUGAUUCUUCUUCAACACUGACAAUUUAUUAUUUUCUCGUGUCUAAUCGUGCUGUGUUUAGGAAUCCAUCUAUUGACUUGGUAUAUGGCGUUUUUAACAUUUCUUCGCCGUAACCUGGUGAGCAUUACUUUUCCCGUUCUGACUGUAACCUUCAUUUACCUCGACUGGAGUCACACUAAGAAUUGGAAGCUACAGCAGAAGGCACAGAACUAAGAUGGCUGUCUUCGGUAUCACUUUGCGAUAUGUCUGGUUUGCUGUCCCGAUGGGAGGCUACUUUGUUGGCAAGUACUUGGACGAUCAAGAAACACUGAGGAUGACUAACUUCAGGGACAAGUCCAAGCUCUAUGGACCCAAGUACAAGGCCGGAGACCCACCAUCAUGGCCUUGAAGUAAUGCAUAUGUAGUAAUUAUGUUUCAUGUUUCAGUUUAAUAAAAUAGUUUUAUUGAUUUAAUUUA